AUGAAAGAAGUCCGCUAUUUUCUGUCAUACCCAGAAGCCGAAGCUAGCCAAAAGAUUCUAAUGGAAUUGGCAAAUGAUGUGGUAGCUAAAAACUUGGUCAUUUUGUGUAGAUACGCGUACAGUGCAACCGCUCAUCCAAAAGUCGCCUGGUUGAUACCUAAAAUCAGCAAAACUGGCGUUCCGGUAAGUUUUUUGGUUUCUUCAAGUUAAGUUUAUAAUUUUCCGGUCUUUAUGCUUUUUGAGAUUAACAUGAGGUUUUGAGUAUUUAAAAAUGACUUUUUUAAAUUUUUUUGAUUUUUAGGUGUUUAUUCACUACAUCCUGCCUUUUGGCGAUGAAUGCCGGAACUUGUAAGUUCCUCAAUUGGAAGACAAUUUCGAACCUCUGUCUAGUCGGAUCGCUUCAAUUUGCACAAAUUGAACUUUCAAUCCGAAUUUUUAUUCACAAUCGGUCUUCUUUUUCGUUCCACCGCCGACCGGUCGCUUUCUCGUUCAUCGUCUCGUUUUGGGCCGCAGCUUGGCUAUCGUAGUUCGUAACAUAUUCGGUAUGUUUAGUCUUGAUUUGAGUAAAUCUUUUGUGUAUCUGAUUUUAUUGUUUUAUUAGGUUGAACGUUGUAUUUCAGUCGUAGUCUUGAGUUACGCCAUUAGUACACUUUGAUCAAACCUUGGCCAGACUAAUCUUUCUACACUCUGUCUGGUAUUUUUUGUUGAUUUUGAAUAUAAAAAGCAUAGAAAAACGCCAUUUUUGAAGAAAAAACAGAAUUUUUUGGUGAAAAAACGGCCAAAUUUUGGGCUUUUUAUGCGUUUUUUGCCAUUUUCUAUGUUUAUAUGGGCAAAGUUUGAUAUGAAAAGUAUAGAAAACGCUUUACAGGUUAGCAACAAGACGCUAUGGACGGUUUUGUGGACAAUAUGAUGCCAAAAUCGACCGAUUCCGAGCUCAAAACCCUACCAGAAAAGUGCGAACUAAAGAAUAAAGCCCUGGAUCCGGACAUGCCAUUGCCAGGAACAGUGGAUUUGAAAAAUUCGAUUCGUAAUUUGGAGGGAUCAGAGGUUGAAACGGAAGACGUUGUGGAUAACAUUAUGAACUUGCCGGGCGUGCCAGCCGCGGCUGCCUCGUCGGCUUCGGCUGACAAGGUGGCUGCCGGUGACGAGUCAGUCGAUAAGACGGCUUCGGCUGACAUGUCAGGCGCGGUUGGUGCGACGGCUUCGGCCGACGCAUCGUCCGCGUCUGGCGCGCCCGUCAGUGCUGGCCAGAACUACCCUUCGCCGAUGCCAUCAGUUUGCUGGAAUAAUUAUGGCUGCAUUGGUAAGAUAUUUAACACUCUUAUGAGUUUAGGUAGAGGUGAGAUUUUUUUGUAUAACGGGCUUGACUGACUGCUCAUUUUUAGUUUUGGGCGGCAAUGCUAACAUCACAAUCGAAAACAAUUACCAGGUAAGAACAUUUUAAAAUUCAUAAAACAAUAAAUAGGUCUUUAUAAUAAUUGUAUACAACUUUAUAUCCAAAUGAAUUCUAUUUCAAUAAUAACUUAUUAGUCUCCAAUUCUAUUUUAAUACUAACUUAUUAACCACAUCGUUUUUAGUACCCGAAUCCCUACCAACCGACUUUGACUGACCACAGUAACUCAAGUUCACAAUUCACAACGUCGUCAAUCAAUUUACAUGAGGAUGUUGAAUCAACUGUGACUUUAAAACAGUUGUCACUACUGACUAGAGUUACUUAUGUUAUUGUAAAAAUAACCUCGAUAUUAUUAUCUCCUCUUCUAUGGCCACUUUUGUUAAAGGUAAGGGAACGUUUUUUGGGCCAUAUAUAUUAGUAAGGUUACGGUAAAGCUAGAGUAGGAUAAAAAAAAGAAUGGCUUGAGAUUUGAUGAGGUUGCUUUAAAGCUAGGUAGGGUUAGUAUAACAUAAAGCUGGAAUAAGGUUUUUGAAGAGCCAGUUAAGGCUAAGGUGUGGCAUUACUUAGUCAAAGCUGAGGCCGGUGAAAGGUCAGGGCAAGGCUAAAGCUAGUUGAGAUCAUAGUACUAAAACAUUUGAUUUUAGACGUAAUUUUUUAAAUUUAGGUUAUAAAGCCAAAUCACAAGGGAGUGCUAUACAGCAAGAACAAUAUCACAUUACUUCAACCUGGAGUUCAUUUCGUACUGCCUUUUGUUGAGAGUUUAGUAGUGCUUAAUGUAAGGCAUCAAAUUGACAAUGUACAGGUAAGAUUUAUAUCGCGUUUCAAGUGGCAAAUCACGAUUUUUAUUAUUAUCCUUGGGAUGGGGCCUUUGUUUAGACUUAAAUUACCCGCCCAGCAAUAAUUUUUUUUUAACUAUCUUUUUUCAGGUAUACACGUCAGACCUGUACCAGCUGUCUUUAUCCUUCAAAUAUGAUCAACAGAUAGUCAAUUUUCAAAGAUAUCCAUUCAAAGACGCUGAAGAUCACAUUAUUUCACUGAUCAGAGCCUGUAUAUCAGAAGAAACCUGCCAGAACACGAUCAAGAACCUGGUAAUCAUUGAAAAGAAGGUGAAUAAGAUGAUAAAACAAGCAGAUUCAGUCUCUGGAGUUAGAGUUUCAAACUUUGUUGUCAUAAGAAUUGAUGUAAUUGAGCUUUUAAACCUGAAUGUCAAUGAUUUUUAA